AUGGAGGUGGCUAUAUCAGGGAAUAGUAGAGUAGGAGAAAAAUCAUUGGAGAUCAGGAAGCAUCAAAAUCUGAAAAUCCAAGUUGAAAGAUUAUGGCAUAAACCGGCCAUGGUGGUCUCAACAGCCCUGGAGCCGUCGGGGGCGAAGGAGGCGGAGGCGUCGGGGCCGCCGGAGGAGCCGCCGGUGCACCUGAACGUGGGCGGCUGGGCCUUCGCGGUGCCGCGGAGCAAGCUGGCGCAGUUCCCGGAGUCGCUGCUGGGCCAGGCGGCGGCGGGGGCGGCGGGACAGCGGCUGUUCCUGGACCGUGACGGCUACGCCUUCCGCCACGUCCACUACUUCCUGCAUACGUCGCGGCUGUCGGGCGGCAGCGGGAUGGAGCUGCCGCUGCUCUACGAACAGGCCGGGCUGCUCCGCUUGGCGCCGCUGCUGCAGAGCCUGGACAACCUGAAGGAGGGCAAGCACAACCUGCGCGUCCGCCCCGCCGACAUCCCCAUCGCCGAGCGCGCCUCGCUCAACUACUGGCGGACGCGCAAGUGCAUCAGCAAGCCCUGCGCCGCCGCCGCCGCCGCCGCCGAGUGCGCGCUGAAGAGCCCCGCCUGCUCCGGCUCGCAGGAGAAGGCGCCGCUGGGGCUGAUGGACACGCCGCUCCUGGACACGGAGGACGAGGUGCCCUACUGCUUCAUGCCGCUGCGCCUGGUGGAGCAGUUCCCGGCUCUGGUCACCGACGACAACCUGCUCUGGCUGGCCGACGCCGCGGCGCUGAUCGAGUGCGAGAGCGGCGAGUUCCGCUUCAUCGCUAAUUUUCUUCGCUCAGAGAAGAUUCUUUUGCCUGAUAACUUCUCCAGCUUGGAUGCUCUGGAAGCGGAAGCAGAAGCCUUGGGCAUUCCCAAGGUCAUAGAAGCCGUGAAGAUCUUCAGGAAUAACCCAGGCUCGUGUUCCAGCGAAGCCUCUAAGUCUCAAGGCUGUGAGAGGAGCACAACGGCACAGCAGCAGAGAGUUCAGGACCCAUCAGUCCUCCUCCCUUUGUACCCAAUGGUGCUGGGACUGCUAGUCAAGUACCCCGACUCUGCUCUGGGGCAGCUGCACAUGGAGAGCACCCUGGAUGGGAAUAAGCUCUACAUCUCAGGGAACGGAGUUCUUUUUCAGCAUGUCAUGGAAUGGUCCCUUUUGUGUCAGGAAGUGAUAGAGUACCAGAUCCCUUCUCUGUUGGAGGCUCUCGAUCAGUAUGACACGUACAGAUUAUGGGUACAACAGCAGGAAGUUCAACAUGUAGCUUCUCCGGUUAGAAACCUUGAGUCUCCAAUAUCAGAGAAGGAUACCGGAUCCAACAAAGUCCUUCAAGAUCAUUUACAUUUUGCUGUGGAAUUAGAUCAGUGUGCCAAUAAUUGGAAUAUAGCUAGAGAGACACAAUCUAUGGAAGUGAGUGAAAGAGAGAACACCAAGUACACCAGCAUUUCUUCCAUUAAGGGAGCAAAACGAAAACCUCCCUGGGAAAUGUCCAAGUCCUCCGAUGACUGGGGAAACUCCUGCCUUUUCCGACAGGAAGGAAGCCCCCCCAAGAAAAGAGGAGCAAAGGGCAGCUUAACCAAACCCCUUGAGAACAGUGACCCCCCCAUUCAGAAGCUCAUUUCCCUGGUGCAAGGCUGGGAUAUGGCUCACUGCAGAUGCUGUGGGGCUCCCCAGGGACCAGGAUCUGGUGAAGAAUCUAAAUGGAGAGCAUUGUCCAUGAGGACCACCCCUUCCAGCUGCUCCAGAAUCUCCAGCUCUGAGCUAUCCAGUAAUGAGAUGGACAUACAAGGGGCACCAAGAGCACCAGGAAACCUGUCCAAGGCUGGACUGUGCAAGCAGGGACCCCUGCCUCCCCAGGGCUGGCUGGCAAAGGCGGACGAGCCAAGCACGUUGGAGGAGGUGCCCUCCUUGGGAAAAAGUACCAGCUCUCAGGAACAGAGAGGCCAGAAAGAGAAGGGAACUGCCCUUGAAGAAACUGCUCCUUGCCAAACCUUUGAUGUGAGGGGCUUGAUUCUUAAGGUUGAGCACCCUCCCAUUGUGCCAGGCGACGGUUCCUGCGUUUUUCACGAAGGCAGCAUUCUCUACAGCACAGGCACUGAAGACCUUACUCUGGCCUGUGCCCUGGCACCCCCAGUGGACAAAGAUGUCAUUUUUCUGAGUUUUCCAUUAACACAAGAAGAAAUUUUUUAUGCCCAGAAGUGCCAUGGUUUCCUCACAGAUGUCAUCUUGGAUUCUAUACGGCAGAAGGACCCUAAAGAGACCACUGCCAAAGUGGAGCUUCUGGUCCGGCGGUUGUGGCACCUGCAGAUCCCUGCGAAGGAGUUUGUGGCCGAGCUCCUGAGUUCAGCGCCCUUUAAAGCCGAUGGCCAUUCUUAUGAGAAGUUGCUGAAGUGGGUUGAAUUCACCCUGCCUUUUGCCUGGAAAUACAGCUGCUGCGUUAACUUGCUUAUUAAAAAAGGAUACUUUAAAUCACUCUCACAUUUUGUUAUUGGAAAAUACUUACAGAACCCUUAAUAAAACUCUUUUGCUGUAA